UAUAGUAAACAACAAAUUAACCUAUUAUAUAUUCUUCUUCAUAUCCAUAUUCCCUUAAUUAUGUUUGAAUAUUCCCCCAACUUUUGUCACAUAUUUUUCCCCAAAUUGUACUUAAUAAACUAACAUAUAAAUCAAUUAUUUUCCAUUAUUUUCUCUUUUCUCUUCACUAUUCUCACAAAUUCACACUAAAUUAAAAUGGUUCUUCCUCUUUAUCAAUGGCGACAAAGACAAAGAGCCGCUUUAUGCAUGUUGGUAUUAAUUUUGGCUGGCAUUUCAUGUUUACAUGAUUCCCAAGUUUUGGGAGUUCGUCAACUUAGAUAUGAUGAUCAUCAGCUUUUAGACAGAUCGACAGAAGUAACUGAUCGUAAAGCUAAAAAUCAGAAACAUGAACAACAGGAUCAAGUGAUGUACAAUGAUGAGAUCAACGUUAGUAACUACAACAGUAGAAGUAGUAAUUAUACUUCUCAUGAAUUUGAAGGUUCUGUUGCAGAUAGUGAGAGAGCAGUUCCAACUGGUCCAGAUCCUUUGCAUAACAGAGAAGAAAAGACGUAGAAGAUCAAGUGCAUACAUGCUAUAGGAAAUAGCAGAAUCAGAGAAAUGAUCGAGAAGCUGGAAUUAACAGCCCACAGGGCAUUGACAUUGUUGAUCCUCUUCAGUUUUGAGUCUUGAUUGAUUGAUGAAUGAUUAAUGUACGUGGUGUGCUCUCACUCCCUACUGUUUUCAAAACUUGGUGGGGCUUCAAAAGACGAGUAGUUAGAUUAAAUUUGAAUGCUGAUACAAUAUGUCUGCUGUCUGUCUAUUUAAUGUAGUACAACCACCAGUUAAUCUGCUACUGUUUGUUUGCAUUUAACAACAAUUGUUUUUUUAUAUAAUAUAAUAUAAUAUACUCUUCUGUUCCUCUCACAUUACUAGUGAUAGUAACAUGUUCUUUCAUUAUGUCACUAUCGAUAGAACAUAGUGUUCCUAGAGCUGUUCAAAAGUGAUCUGAUCUAAAAAUUCGAUUCGAAAUUGAAAGUAAACCGACCGAAAAUGUGUUCCUUUUUUAGGUUUAUCAAACCGAUAUUACCCGACCUGAA